UGCUAGACGGAGCUGUGAAGACGCAAACAUGGAGCUGUCAAGUUGACUUGGUGAUAGAUAUGAUGUAGAAAGGAAUGGUGCACCGGUAGAAUGUCAUGUGACUUCGAGUGAAGUACAUGCAGAUUGGCGUGUGGUAUCUGAAACUGACAAGUUCCGAGAAUUAAUUUACGGUUCUGCAAGUUGGAAGACAGCCUGUUACAACAGCCUGUGUCUGGAUUUGACAUUUUAUUGAAAACUUUAUAAUUAAGCUAUCACAAAAUCUCACUUGAACUAAUAUGGUACCGUACCAUAGAUUUAAAAAAUGAAAAUUCGAUGACUUUGAACCCAAGUGUGAUUACAGAUAAUUAAAAUGUACAUGAUGAAAAAUAUCAUUAUUUAAUCAAAAGAAGUGACAUUAGGUUAAACAAUAAUCCAACAUGGCCGAGGCAAGCUUAAUGGCCUUAUUAGAGGCUAUGCUGUCUUUAGCAGUGAGACCCUCUCUAGUUAGACGGCCUACACCUAAUAUCAAGGCAGGUGGUUAUCCUGAUGAGAUAUUCCUAGAUUUAACCGAUGAGAAAAGAGAUGAAUAUGAAUGUUCUAUAUGUUAUCUAAUGAUGAAGGAUGUAAUGGAAUGUAGAAAUAAACACAAAUUCUGUUUUUCUUGUAUUCAAGUCUGGUCAACCACAGGUGAAUUUAUGAAUAGAGUUCGUUGUCCAGUCUGCAGAUGUGAAGGCCAUUACACCAAAAACCCUGUAUUAGACACCAAGAUUUUGAUGAAUAGGGUCAGAUGUACAAUGAAAGGUUGUGAUUGGAAAGGUUUAUUGAAAUAUGCAGAAACACACAAACAUUCCAAUUACCAAACAUCUUCUAAUUCCAGUUCCACAAAUCUUCCGCCAUUAAAAGAUGCCACACCACGACCUACAGAAUCAAGGUCAGUGUUACAACCACGCUCCAACACAAGGUCAAGGUUGACCCCUUCUAUUAGUGACCCCAAUAAUAACAGUAUUAGUAUAGACAGUAAUGACAACAGUAAUGAUCCUUUAUCUCCCAGUGUUAAUGCCGACACUGAGUCAGAUCAACCCUCCGUUUUGUCCCCAAGAGCUCCAGUCCCCCCUCGAACCCCACGACCAAAUCCACUAGCACGUCGUCGGUUUCCCACUUUGCCAUCUCUCAUUAAUCACGUUCCUCCAUCUGUGCCACCUGCGUCAACGUCCGGCUCUGGUUUAUUGACGAGGAGGCGUGCUAGCCAAAAUCUGACACCAGCGACCUUACGACCAACCAAUGAAACAGGAGGAAGAGGUCUAACAACUGUUAGGGAUCGUCUGGUUGAAAGCCGAAACAGAUUGGAAGGGUUGGUGUCAACAUAUUCUGAUGAUGCUGACCAACAUGUGGAAGUGCCUCCCUUGGUCUACGAUUUACAAUUAGAGCAGGGAAAUCUUCGGCGUCAGCAAUUACAAGAGGUCCAAGAGCUUGGUAGACGUCUUGGACAAGUUGCUGCGGAGCUAAGACAGUUGUUAGAUCACCGUCAGAUAGUCUCACGUGAUAGUGACAGUGAUUAAUUUUAAUAAGAUUAGGUUAUUAACCUACUACUAGAACUCAUUAUAUAUGCAAAUAUACAAAUUAUUUUAAAAUUGUUUUUUCCGUAUGAUUAUAACAGAGUGAUUAAAGACUUGCUGUAAUAGAUAAUGAAAAAUGAAUGUAUUGAAAAUAUCAAAUUACUCUAUUCUGUGCAAUGUUAUGACUGAUUGAAGUUUUGACAAAAUAUAGCGUAGAUUGUUUAUUAAUCCAAAUUAUCUGGUUUAUCGGUACACUUUUAAAUGUCUACAGUGUUCUAAUCUUAAAUCAGAGUCAUCCGAUGACCCAGAGAGUUUAUUAUUUAUUAUUUUCAUGUUAAUAGAUGUUUAAAUAAUAAUUUAUGUAACAUUUGAAGCUAGACAAAAGGUCUGCAAUAGGCAGAUUUAGCUCUUCCAUAAUGCAUCUGUAAUAAGGUAUCCUGUAUUUUAGCGAUCUCUAUUUAUAUCUGGUCGUAGUCUAUAUUAUGAAAAACUGAGGUCCAUAUGUGUACACGUAAAAGAACGUAAAGUAGUGACGUCCUAUCAAAAUUCUCCCACUUGUUUUUCUCAAACUGUUUCAUAGCCGUAUAGCCGUCAAAAAAAAAAGUGACAGAAUGUGGCAUCAAUUAGCACAUCCCAAAUAAACUUGUUGAUUUUAUCACAUUUUAUAAUUUGAUUUGUCUCCAUUCAAAAUUGUAAUGCGGAUUCACUUUUCAAUUCCCCAUUUGAAGUCAAAAAUGAAGCUAAAAUUAGUAAACAAACAAACUUCUGCUUAAUGAUGCAUUAAGUAAGAGCUAAAUCUGCUAUUGAACGUCUUUGUUUUAUCUUCAAAUGUUAUAUAAAUUAUUAAUUAGGGUUUUAUUCACUUAACAAACCCAUAAUGAACUCUCUAGAUUAUCAGAUGGCUGUGUUUUUUACUGGAUUACAACAAAAUCGUUAUUUGAUAAUUAAAUGUAAAAAUGGAUAAUCGAGACUUUGUUUAUUAUUAAUGUAGCAAUGGUACUUGACAAUCCAAAUUAUAUCGUCAAAACUUCAAACACCCAUAACUUCGCUCAAAAUAAAAUAAUUUGAUAUUUUCAUUUUUCAUUAUUUGAACUAUUAUAACAAGAAGGACCAGCUCAUAAAGCAUCUUUAACCUGCAUAGAAAAUUUAAUUACUGUAUAUACAUCUUGUCCUGUAACUAAUGGAAAUAACACAUCAGAUCAACCAAAUUUAAUUCUUACCAUUAAUUUGCGGUUGUACGUGACAAGGAGUAAGGUUGCCUGUCCAACCUCGUGGUUUUUCUCGGGGUCCUCCGGUUUCAUCCCACUGUUAAAAGAUCCCUACGUGCAAGCGAAUUAUUGAAAUAAAAUUAAACCAUAUGUUAGUCCCAAAAUGACCUUGUCUGUGUUGAGUGGACGUUAAACCCCAUUUCUCUCUCUCACCAUAAAAUUGACCUGGACAAAGGGUUAGCUCCUUUAAAGUUUCAGAAAGGAUAUUGUGAUAAUGUAACUUUUAGACAAACAUCUCUGUUACAGUCACUGGUAUAUACAUCUAUUACUUUAAAAAUCGUAAUAAUAUGUAAAUCAUUUCUGGUAGUAUUAUCAUUAAAAAUAAUGAUUUUGUUGGAUUUAUUCAUAUGUAUUAUCAUUAAAAAUAAUGAUUUUGUUGGAUUUAUUCAUAUGUAUUAUAAUUAAAAAUAAUGAUUUUGUUGGAUUUAUUCAUAUGUAUUCCUGCUUUAUUUAUGUUUUUGAUACUUUUUUUGAUAUUUUACUUUAUAUUUAGUUAUGAGAAUGUAACUUAAUAAUUUAUUAGUUUUCCACUUGUUUGGUAUUGGUUUUAUAAAUUUAUAUCAAAUAUUCACUACUGGUGAAAUCUAUGUUCCACUUAGUCGUUGUUGUUGUUUAGGUUUACUAAAAAUUAAAUUUAAAAGAUAUACCCACACAUUGGAUGGUGGUUAACCCCAGUUCCUACCUGGAUAAAUUGGUUUAGUUGUAUUAAAGUUGCCAUGGUAAUGCUUAGAUUAAUAAAAUAUAUAUGUUGGCUGAACUGUGAUACUGAAUGUGAAAGAAAGUUUGUUACUAAUUGUUCAUAGAAUUCUUGGUCGUUUUUAAUAUGAUUAAUAUUAGAGCAUACCUUCGUUGUUGAUAUUUCCUUACAGUGGGAUCUAACAAUAUAUUUACUAGGUUUGAGUUCAGUUGACCUUUUAAAAUAAAAGUUCAAGGAGAACAGAGAUUUAGUAAAGAAGUAGUUAGAUCUUCAUGUAGUCGAUUCCAACAAAAUUACAAUCUGAUUAAAACACAGAUCCGAUUUCGUUUCGUUUCUUAUAGUUCAAAAUUUCGUUUUACUUGUCUUUACUACACUAGGAUCUGGAAUAGUUGUUAUAUUACCGGCGUUUUGGUUGAAGUGAGGGAAAUGGUCUGUUACCGUGACUUCUUGGCGUGCCAUGCACAGAACUGUGGGUAAACCGCUAAAAACGUCAACGCUGAUUGAUCAAUCAAUGUCUGACGUCAUAGGGUCAAAAGCUGCUCGUAGGACCCCUGACACCACCUUCGAGUACAACUUGUCAGAUCUUCAUGUAGUGUAGGCCAUCAAAAGUAUAAAAAAACGAAAUGAAAUAUAGAUCUGUAAUUCUGUAUUUUAAUCAGAUUGACAAAAUUAGACCCAGAUUGAAAUAGAAAGAUCCGACUUAAAUGAUAUUGUGUUAUUUUAUAGAAAACUGUAGAGAAACUGUUAUGGUACUGUUUUCCUCAGCCUAAUUAUGGCCUAAUUGUACAUAAUACUCCAUGGUAUCAAAAACUUAUAAAAUAUUUUUAUUUUGUUGUUUAUAUUUUGUCUGGGAUCGAAUCAUCCAGGCGGUUAGUAUGUCAAAUAUGGUAUACCGGGCAGGCGGUUAGUAUGUCAAAUAUGGUAUACCAGUCAGGGGCGUGGUGACCCAUGACUUUGCGUGAGGAAAACGAUCCCGUCUCCCCCCCC